AAAAUGGGGAUUAAGUUACUAUUUGUUGAUCUUAGUCCUCGACUGCUGAUAUAUUUCCCUGGGCAAUUGCUCGAAGGAAUCGUCAAGGUUGAUGUUGAAAAAUCCACAGUAUGUAAAGGAAUCACUUUAACUUGUUUCGGAGAGGCUUGGACGGAGUGGAAAAAAAGAUCGAUGAUGGGCAAGCGUUAUUUCUAUAAUGGAGAAGUGUACGGCAAGCAGAAGAUGUGUCUUUGGGGGGAAGAAGGUUCGAGGAACCUGGCCUCUGGCAUUCACGAAUUUCCCUUCAGCUUCGUGCUUCCUGAAGAGAUGCCUUCGUCUUUUGAGGGACCGUAUGGCUUUGUUAGGUACAAAGUGAAAGCUAAGGCUAAAGUUCCGCAUGGUUUGGACAAGAGAUGCCAAGUUUACUUCUCUUUCUGCCAGCCGUACGACCUCAAUCUGGAUUUUAGAGCACAAACGCCGCUAUCGGUCGUAUCUCGCAAAGAUCAAGCAUGGAGCGUUAAAAGCCAAGUUCAAGUCACCAUGGAGCUCGAAGGACCAACGCGAGCUUACGUUCCUGGAGCUACGGUCAAUCUGAGGGCCAGAAUAAAGAACGAUGAGAGUUCAACAAUAGAAUUCAAGACGGCAAUGAAGCAAAAAGUCGCAUAUCACUCGAAGCGUCGACACCGCAUGGAGCACAGCCGGAAUGUCUGGAAGGGGCAGACUAGAAGUUGUCUACCGCACGAAGAGAGCGGAUGGUUCGAGAUCAGCUUUCAGAUCCCAGCGGUUGUGCCAAAUUUGAAAUUUUGCAACAUCAUCGACGUGGAAUAUGUAUUUCAGAUGAAAACAAAAAUGAAAAUGAACCGCGACGUGGAAAUAAGUCAGCCAUUUAUACUCGGCACAGUGCCGUUCAAGGCCGAGGCGCCGACGUACGAAGAAGCUGCUGUGUCCGAUGGAACAUUCCCUAGCCAUCCUCCCGCCACGCUGUCCCCGCAAGCAGUUUCUCCUUGUCACUUCUGCACGAGUCUCUCCUCCAAGUCCAAGCAGCGACUCAAGGGCACCAACCCAGCUCCUAAUUAUGUCAUAUUACCUAAUCCUGAUUACAUUUAAUUGCAUGCAAGCCAAGCCAUUCUAACUAUUGGGUGAUAUCUCGUAUUAUGA